CGAAAGGAAUUCUGGGAAAGACAACAUGGCGGGACGUUUGAAAGCUCCGCCGACAGACCGACUUCACAACAAAAUAAACUGUAAAUAACAACGUGCAGGUCGGCUUUAACGGCAAAUCGUCGACCGGUGAACCGCCAACAGGUCGCCCGGUAACUAUGAACCGGGGCCGCGGGGGGUCAGACCCUCCGGCCGAUCCGCUGCAGCACCAGGCGGCCCCGUCAAAACCGAACCGGCUGAGGCGAAGCUUCAGGCGGACUCAGCAGACACAAACAGCGGCGGAGCUCGACUCUCCGAAGAGCCAGCAGCCCGAUUUUAAGACCCCGACCAGGAUCCCGAGAUCCAGAGUCAGCGAUGGUUUCAGUGGAGAGUCUCCGCACAACGACUCCGACUUUCAGCAGGACAUCAUCUGGGACGCCACCUCUCCUUCGCCCAACAGACUCGGUAAAAGAGGAAAGAAACAGCCUGCCGGAGUUGUGAACAUCUCGGAGAUCGUUAGCAGGAUCGCUCCGAAGCAUGGCAGGCCGAAGGUGGCAGAGCCGACGCUGCAGCAGUGGAUCGGAGACAGCGCCGCCAUUCCCUGCACGCCAGAUGUUCAAGUUCCCAAACCCAAGAAAAAAUCCCCGAGGCCGAACGGCGUGGACGACCUGCUGAAGCUGGCCAAACAGUUCGAUUUCAACAUGUUUCGUCAGGAUGAAGAAGAGGUGGAGGAGCUACAGCAGCAGAGUCUGGAGCUUCUGUCCGGGGACAUCCUGGACUUUGAGAACGGCGAGCAAAGCCACUUUUCACCUUCGCCUCCUGAGAACUGUGAGCCGCCGGCUGGGACGGACAUUCAGCUCCACCUCGAUCAGCUCAUGGACGACGAUUUGGAUUUCCUUUUCGACGGGCCAACUCAGCAUCUAAGUGGAAAUUUAAGUCAGACGACGUCACAAGUGAAACCCGGUCCCGGAGCGUCUUCUGGGAAACCGUCGGCCUCCUCUCACGCUCACACGACGAACACUAAAGCUGCUUCUGGACGAGACGAGUUUGAGGACGACUGGGACAACGAUGACCUGCUGAAUGACUCUCUGGUGCUGGAGAUGACACAAAACCCUCAGAACUUCACAGCUCCGACUCACUGCUCCACCCAGAAACCAGCCAGCCAAACAAAACACCAAAAAGAGAGUCCAGCUCAUGUUUCAGCCCAAUCGGCUGCUCCUAAAGUGGAAAAGGACAAUUUGAGACAAAGAAGCACGUUCAAACUGGAGUCUAAUCCUAACUUCUCUUUCAAAAGAGUCCAGACGGACACAUGGGCGCACUCGAAGGUGGAUUACAGCUCAAAAACAGCAGAGAAAGACACCCAGCGGAGCAGGUUUCCACCCGGUAACGGCGUGUCAGCGUGUCGAUCGUGGCAGACCAACACGGUGAAGUUAGAUUCACAGUUUCAGCAAAGAACUUCUUCUGCAAAAUACAACAUGGCUGCUACAAAAUCAGCUCAGAGCGACCCGGUCGUUUCUGCGCCGGCAGCCUCCGACCUGCAGGACGAGGACCUGUCGGCGUUCUUCCUGUCCGACCCGGUCUGGGACGACCCCGCUGACGACGACCUCUUGUGUGAAAUGUGUGACGACGUGGAGAACCAGAUCAGAAACGUGCAGAACGUUUCCAGCAGACAGACUCUUCCUGUGUCCAACCAGCGAGCAGCUCUGCAGCCGGCCAACAGGAACCAGCAGCCGGCGGCCAAUCAGCAGCCGUUCCUCCCCAAGAAACAGACUCCAGCCGCUCCGCCCGGCGCUCCAGGACGCCCCGCCGGCAGCUCGCUGGCUGGAGGCUUCAGCUUUAACGGAGCUGGUCAGAUGAAAACAGUGACGGAUUCUUUCAGACCAGCGAUAAACAGUUCAGCAGGUGUGCAGGCGAGCAGCCGCGCCCAGCCGGCGCCGCAGUUCACCUUCAAGAAACCAAACAUCCCCGUCUCCAUGGUAACCAGCAAAGCGGGGGGUAAAUGUUCGGCAGCAGAGAUCGAGCAGAAGAAGCAGCAGGCGAUGGAGAGGAGACGACAGAGACUGCAGGCCGCACAGAACAUCUGAAUCUGAUCAGAUCCAUCAACAUUUCUUCUACAGAUUAAUGCUCUUAAAUUAAUUAAGAAUAAUUAAUUAAACCGUACAUGUGCUGUAAUUUGGUCUUUGUUUGUAAUGAUUCCUUUUAAAGUUCAAUGUUCUGGAAAGAUGCUUAUUUGUUUUCAGAGAGUGAGAUAAGCACUCUGUGAAUCAGUUUCACUGUUCGCUAUAUUAAGAGUAUUUUCCCAUCUUUACGUUGCUGUCAGUUCUUUCUGACGGGGAACAAACCCACCAGACUCCCUUGACAAAACCAGUAACUUUCACUCACAGAAACACUGCAGUGGCUUGUCUUCUGCUGCAUCGAUCGGUUGGU